ACGUGCACGCGCCUCUUCCUGUUGCAUGGGGAUCGCCAAUCCCGCCUGGCAGUUCAACACGAAGGGCGGACUAUUGGCCGGACACCAACAUUGCCUGCUGGCAGUCCCUUGGUCAUAAGUGCCACAAGGAACAGCAGCAUUGUUUGGCCAAAGACAUGGAUAUAUUGAUUAUGGAUGUCGAAGGAACGAAUGGACGUGAAUGUGGCAAAGAUCAAGACUUUGGGCGGAGGAGUGCUCCAUUCUCAAUGGGCUACAUCCAGUCAAUCAAUAGGAGCAUCAAGCGUUUAACACUCACAGCACAAAGACUUUCGAACUCACCGCACACACCCAUCUCGAGCCAAACAAAGAAAGAAGCUGCUUUGAUAGAGCGUAAAAGGACGCCGUGA